UUGAGACUUUUUGUUUUAAAAAGUCUCAUAAUUUAUCCCCACAGGUUAGAUACAUUGUAUCGGGUGACCGAAAAUGAUGGAGCACAAAUUGGAACCAUGAUCACUAUGGUUGCUACCGGUUAUCUUGACGCUUCAGGUCUUUUCGGUGGAUGGCCAUCAGCAUUUUACGUUUUCGGUUCAAUUGGUCUUAUUUGGUUCGUUUUAUGGACUUUACUUAUAUACGAGUCUCCGUUGGAGCACCCGUAUAUCAGUGAGGCAGAAAUUCUGUACAUUGGUACCACACAAAAUGGCGAAAAGUCUAGAAAGUCUGGUAAUACUCCUUGGCUGAAAAUCGUGACUUCACCCGCAGUUUGGGCUUUGGUCGCCGCUCAUUUUGGUCAAAAUUGGGGAUUCUAUACAUUGCUAUUCGAGUUACCCAAUUAUCUCAAGACAAUUCUAGGAUUGGACAUUAAAGAGAAUGGUCUAAUUUCGGGUUUACCUUAUCUUAUACAAGCGAUUGCUGGUUGGUUUGCUGGUUAUGUUUUCGAUGUUAUGAUUAAAUCAAAUGUAAUUUCGAUAAAUUGUGCUCGUAAAAUCGCCAAUACCGUUGGUCUUGUUGGUCCAGCGAUUUGUUUGGUUGGAUUAACAGUUGCCAAAUGUCACUUUAAUUAUAUUGUUGGUGCGCUUUUCCUCGCGAUGGCUUUCAAUGGGUUCACUUAUUCGGGCUUUAACAUUACCCAUGUUGACAUGUCUCCCGAUUAUGCUGGAACUCUGAUGGGAAUAACCAAUUGUAUUGCCAAUUUCGCUGGAGUUUUAGCUCCACUUUAUGUCGGUGUAAUGACCAGUAAAGAGGUUUCAUUGGAAAGCUGGUCUUGGGUAUUUUACACAUCAACGAUUGUCUAUUCAGUCACUUCGAUAAUUUUUGUCCUCUUUGGAUCAGCGGAACUUCAACCAUGGGGACUAGCAAAAUCAAAUAGGAAAACAUCAGAACCAUGAAAACACCAUGAAGACAGACAAAUAUGAGAAAAUAUUACUCGAGGAAAAGAUGAAAUUGAAGUUCAUUGCAAUACAUGUUUUUAAAUAAUCUUAAUCUUCCAAUUUUCAUGCUAUCGUUCAAUUUUUGGCCUUGAAUCUCAGUUCUCUAAACUUGAUCUUCCGCCUUCAUAGGCCACUCUUUUGCUUCCUUAAGUGAAGAGAAGUCCAAAAAAUGGCUCCAUCUAAGAUGUUCUUGCCCAUAAUGAAUAGACCCAUAUGGCUAUUCGCAGCGUAUCCAAGUGAUGUAAAUAAAGGAUUUAUGCCCAAAAAAGGUGAAUCAAUUUUUCUUAAGCUUGGUCAUGGACAUGAGUCUUUGAUGAUACCUGUUCCUUAGAAUCGCCUGGAGCCUCAAAAUGUCGGAAGCGAACUUACCGUCGACCAUAUAAACCAUCGGGUACAGCACCAGAUAUAAAUCUUCAUAUUAGAUUUGAAUGUUAUGUGCAGAAAAAGGUAUCUUUAACUGAAAUUAGUCUUUACGAUUUGCUGAAAAUAUCUGAUUAUUCAGAGUCUCCUGGAGCUUUGAAAUAUCGGAAGAAAACGUGCCUUCGAUCAUACAAACCAUCGGAUAAAGCACCAGAUCCAAAUGAUUACCGAAAAGUUGGAUGUGAAUAUUUACUUAAACUAAGAAAGAUUGUAGGAAGAACUCAAAUAAACGGCAAAAGGUUUUUUGCAUUAGGAUACCCAGAAAUGCUUUUAAGCAUCGAAACAUUAGAGAAUGAGCUGGGUCAUCCUGAAAUUGACGAGACGAAACUUCCAACGGAAGACUAUAAAGAUUACAAGAAGCCUGAAAACUUUCUCGAGAAUACUGAUGAGUUUGUUUACCAUAUGAAACGAGCGAAAUUUACUCCGUUACUCUUUUCCUGCGUUUAUUGUGAUUGGGACUCGACUGAUCUUUCGGAGGUGAAAAAACAUUUAUUUGGACGAAAAGUCGGAAAAAAGGAAAAAAGUUUCCUUGUGAUCGAUUGUAAAGAAAGAAUGGUAAAAGAUGGAAUCCAAUUUCAACCUGAUGAAGUUCCAAUCGAUCAUCCACCACCUCGACUGUUCCCAUGGGCAUUAAUUUCAUGCGUCAGACCAGAGAUGGUUCGUUCUAAAGGAAAAUUCGACUUAACAGACGCAAUUAAAGCCCAAUGGAAUCUAUUAAUGCUCGACAAGAGACCCAAAUAUCAUCGCUUAAUCAAAUAACUUCUCUACUGUAAUUACACUCACACUUAGAUACAUUGUAUUUCCACCAUUUUCCGCAUAACCAAUGAUCUUGGUCUUACAUUCAAUGAUGAAAAUGGACCAAGCAGUUCGGGUAACCGAUGAAAAUGGACCAAGCAGUUAGACUAACCGACGAAUAUGAUGUUCCAGGUCUAGUUUUCUAACUGGUCCAUCUUCAGAUUUUACAAUUUGUAUAAAGAACAGCGAAACAGUUUAUUUAAUAUCAUUAAUUGUGAUUAGAGUAAAACUGCGACACUUGUACCUAAUAAAUGAUGAAAAUUUUCAGCAUCACGACGAGUUUCAGACAAAAUAUUUUACCAACAAUACAGAGACGCAACAUAAUUGAAUGGAAUAGAACAUGAUUUUGGUUAUUUAUGAUCAGCGAUUUUUCAUUAAUUUUGUUGAAACUUUCUGGUUCUCGUAUAAUUAUAAUAAGAAGAUGAUCUAAGGCUCCAUCUAAGAAUGAAAAAAGUUACCAAUGAAGUUUUGGUAGAUAUAAAUUUCUGAGAACUUGGACAACACCAAAUUGUAUUAGUUUCUUAUUUUCCAAGUCAAAUCUUCCGUUCCUUGAUUGUUUCGUUACAACUAAGUGUUCUUAAUCACGAUGGAUCCACCCAAAUGUCCAUCUGAAAUAAAUACAAGUAAAGGUUUGGUGCCCAAGAAGCUCGAACCAAAUUUCGUCAAAAUGGGUUUUACAAGGGGCAGUAUUCGAACUGUGCCUGAUUAUUCGCGAAUCCCUAAGAAAACUGCACGUUUUCUACCAUUAGAACCAGACGAAUUUAUAUUGGCUAUUAAGUUUAAGAAUGUUAAUCUUUUCGAAUUUCUGAAGAUACCUGAUUACUCAGAAUCUCCUGGGGCCUUGAAAUAUCGGAAGAAAACCUGCCUUCGAUCAUACAAACCAUCGGAUAAAGCACCAGAUCCAAAUGAUUAUCGGAAAGUUGGAUGUGAAUAUUUACUUAAAUUGCGAAGACUUGUAGGAAUGAAAACAAGAUAUGGUCAGCCUAUUGGUUUUUAUGUACCCAGAAAUGUUUCUAUCCAUUGAUGCAUUAGAAAAUGAAUUGGGUUUCACUCAAAGCCAAUUAGCAGGAGCCAAACGAUGUUUCAAGUCCAAUUCAUAUAAGUUAGAUUGCUAUCUCGAGAAUACUGAUGAGUUUGUUUACCAUAUGAAACGAGCAAAAUUUACUCCGUUACUCUUUUCCUGCGUUUAUUGUGAUUGGGACUCGACUGAUCUUUCGGAGGUGAAAAAACAUUUAUUUGGACGAAAAGUCGGAAAAAAAGAAAAAAGUUUCCUUGUGAUCGAUUGUAAAGAGAGAAUGGUAAAAGAUGGAAUCGAAUACCCAUCUGAUGAAGUUCCAAUCGAUCAUCCACCACCUCGCAUGUUCCCUUGGGCUCUAAUCAAAUGUGUCAACCCAGAGAUUGUUCAUUAUAAAGGAGAUUUCGCAUUAAAAGAGACAAUUAAAGCUCAAUGGAAUCUACUAAUGCUCGAUAAAAGACCCCGAACUCAUAGACUUACAAAAUAAAUUUUUUAUCGGUUAGUUUUCUUUCAUUUAUUUAAAACUUUCCAAAUCAAUAUCCAUCUUUAUCAAUUCAGGACGAAACUGUACCAAGGAAAAAUCAAGCAAAUGACCGAGCAAAAAAUAACUUAAAAACAUUCAAAUUGGUCAAUUGAUUGGCCAUAAUUUUCAUUUACGUUUUCUUAUUCAUAGAUCUUCUUUCAUCCACUGAUACAACAAGUAAAUUUUUCCCAAUACUUUUGGUAGGAGCUUUACAUGUGUACUGUAAUUCUGUUUAUUCAAAUCCAUUUAAUCGUAUUUUUUGUAUCGUCAACAAUACAAUAUGUAUAAUUAUUUACACCCAUUCUAAUAUAAAUCUAUCUACAAUCGAA